AUGCGAUUCCUUGUUGUGCUCGCAGUCUGCGCCUGGAUUGCUUAUGCUAAAAGUGGUUGUUCUUGGGAUAGGAAAUAUUUUGUCGGAGGUUUGGUGAAGGAGGCACCCAAGCCCAUCGUUGAAACAGUGGAGAAAGCGCUUAAAAAAAAGCUUCCCGAAAACAGCGCACUGGUUUUGAUGAGAGUUAAGGAGGUGGACGGCAAGGAGUACACCUACGUGAUGAUCGGAGAGGUAAGCUCCAAGAAUUCGGAAGCAUGGGUUUUCGAAAACAAAGGAUCAACACUGGUGAACGGUAAAGCUAGUGACUACAAGACAAUGAGGUCCAAGGCGUCCACUUGCAAGAGAGUUGGCGACAAAGGAAAACCGAACAAAUUCACGAAAAUAUUUCUGGGAGAGUAA